UCCAGACAUCCGAUGUUUUUUCUAUUUAAUUAUUGCAUAUCCAAUUAUAAAUUAAAUGUAUGCACUUAAGUACAGUCACUUGAGUUGAUUAGAAGUUCAUUUCCUUUCUCUGCCAUUUUCCCCCUACUUUAGGCCAAGUAAUACGGCACGGCGAACCUCGGUGAUCGUUUAGUGAGGUCUGUUAGGAAGGAAAAUGGCAGCCUCUUUUUACAUUUUCUUAUCAUUUCCCUUUGACUGCUCUGCUGGAUCACAUUUUAAUGACUAGCUAAUAGCUACAACAACAUGUAUCAUCCUAGCUAGAUACAAUGUAGCAAAAUAAUCUGUUGUCAAUGUCCAGCUAAACUGUAACGGCUAACGGUUCAAUCGUAGAUUGGUCGUUGAUGCUAACCAAAACAAUAUCAGGCAGUCACCUCUGCCAACUAUUGGCGAAGAAGAGGUCUCAACUGAGUGUCGGUGCUCCUUUCUCUGUUGUCCCCCAUAGCUGUGCCAUGUAGAAGGCAGUGAUUCGCCCUUAAACUUUUGCAAAUGAAAAUGGAGGAUAUGUCUCUGUCGGGCCUGGACAACACCAAGCUAGAGGCCUUGGCUCAGGACAUCUACUCGGACCUGGUGGAGGACGCCUGUUUGGGCCUGUGUUUCGAGGUGCAUCGUGCUGUCAAACAGGGCUACUUCUUCCUGGAUGACACUGACCAAGAAAGCAUGAAGGACUUCGAAAUCGUUGACCAACCAGGAGUGGACAUUUUCGGGCAAGUGUACAAUCAGUGGAAAAACAAGGAYUGUGUGUGUCCSAACUGCAACCGGAGCAUUGCUGCGUCCCGCUUUGCCCCUCAUCUGGAGAAAUGCUUGGGCAUGGGGCGCAACAGCAGCCGCAUCGCCAACCGCAGAAUAGCAAGCAGUAACAACAUGAACAACAAAUCAGAGAGUGAUCAGGAAGACAAUGAUGACGUCAAUGACAAUGACUGGUCGUAUGGCUCAGAAAAAAAAGCUAAGAAGAGAAAGUCAGAUAAGAAUCCAAAUUCACCCAGAAGAUCAAAAUCUGUAAAGCAUAAAAAUGUUUUAGAGUAGUUGAUUGAAUGGUUGGGGAUGUUUUACACUCUGGUCGUUUCAGUAUUGCUGGGGCCAAAGCCUUGUUGCAGAUCAGGAAGCUCCGUGCGUGCCGUUGAGAGAUGAUGCAUUUCCUCAGUGAUCGGAAGGGGCUGAUUACUGCCAGGCCAGCUCUAUAAUGCCCUCCCCCACUUCAAUGUAGGGUCAAAGGUCAACCCGAGAAGAAUCUGGGAAAGAACCCUGUCGCUUUGGGGAUAGUAUAUCAGGAAAAGUGUGCCUGGAGUUUGAACUUUCAUUCCUAAGGAAAUUAACCUUYGCAGAGACCCAGGGUGUCUCCAAAAUCCUCUAUUGAGAAUGUUAAUGUGGCCUUCUGGAUUCUUCACGAUAGAUGGCCAUUGAAGGAGUCUGCUGCUUAAAUCCAGGUCAAAAGCACAAUGUUAGCAGAAUACAGACGUAGUACAGUAUGAAAAGGAUCAGAAGCAGCAUUGAAGAUGAGGAUAAGCAAUUAAGAUAUCAGGCAAAGGCCGACUCUUUGUGCUCCACAGUCUCCUGUUUGCUUGAUGAUUUUAAUUUGACAUGGAUCAUGGUGCAAAGCUAAUGAGCUGAGAAUGACUUACAGGAAGCUGACAAUUGUGUGCAAUAAAUCACAGUUCAGCCUCCAGUUUUCAGUUCUUUGUAUGUAAUAUAUSAAUMUAUUUUCUGUAUUGUGUUAUAUAUUGUUUAACUAGUUCAACARUUGAGUGAAAAAAUCAUGUCAGAUGAUAGUCUGGUCCRGGUAAUGAUAGACUACAGUCAGGUCUCUAAAGCAGACCAGCUGCUUAUCUCUUAGUUUCUCAGGUGACUCAACAAGUCCUCUUGUGCAUUAUCCUAUCCAUUAUCUACUUGACAUAUUCAUGCUUUUGUUUGCAUUAUUAUUAUUUUUUGUCGUUUUGUAUCAUGUCUUCAUUGAUUCUUGAUUUCCUGAUUGUCCAUGUUUCUUUAAAUGGAGCUGAUAUGAAACAGUGCUGCUAUCUUCUAUGGAGCGUCAAGGAUGUUCCAAUGUAAUAAAUGACCUGAACUCAAUCCACA